UUUGCAACAACUUGAACUAGAAUGAUCAGAGCCACUAAGUGCCUGUGGGUGUUUGUAUUCCUUGUAUUGUUUAUCCACCGGAACCGUGCGGCCACCCAUGUGCUCUAUGAAUUUCACAUUCGCGAGAGCUCCGGCGAGCGAGAGGAGAAGGGUGUGCUCAAGGACUCCUCGGAGGAUUCACGUGCGGAACCCGAACUGAUCGUCACUGGGAAACGCACCUCCUCUGUGGUCCUGCCCUCCAAUAAUAUCAGCUAUGUGUAUAUGGAAACGGCCACCUAUUUGGCGGAUAAUAGCGGCUACCAUGUCAAGUACAACUUCACCCUGGAGCCCCUCGAAGGUGGCCCACGUCUUAAUGGGCAAACCCUCAAGUCCACCGUCGGUUAAGGCGAUUCACCAAGUAUUCCCCUAGAGACUAAGAAGUAGCUGUAGCAAAUACUGCAUUAUUUAUUAGAACUCAAUGUCUCAGUGCAGGCAGAAAGUGUCAAGUUUCACCCUCCCCCCAAGCAAACAAUAAACGGAAACUUUGAAAAGCAA